CCCUCUCCCCCUCUCCCCCUCUUCCCUCUCUCCUUCCUCUCACUCUCUCCUACCGUCUGCUUAGACAGAAAGAAAAAAUUUGGGGAAUUUCUUCAAGCCGCUUCACUUGAGCUUUCUGAGGGAUUUAAACAUGCACACAGAGGCUUUGGUACAGUCCACAUUAGUUCCAUUGCUUCUGAUUCUCCUCUCCGUGGUGGAGGACUCUUUGUUACAGUCGCUGAGCCAGGUGGGUGGCGCGUGCAGACUGUCCUCAGAAUCAUCCCUGUAUCGCUGUCGAACCCCCGAUGGUAAGAUCUGCAGUGGGAGGGGGGAGUGCGACUGCGGCGUCUGCAUCUGCCGGGCUGCCGACCCGGGCAAGUUCUACGGGCCGCGCUGCGAGUGCCAUGACUGGGUUUGUCAGACGCACAAUGGGAAAACCUGCAACGACCGAGGCUACUGCGACUGCGGCAUGUGCGAGUGUGAUGACGGCUGGUUUGGAGACGGCUGCCAGUUCAAGGAGGACUGUACCCUGUCCAGCAGGAAGAGCAAAGAGCUGUGCAGGAACCCACAGGGGGUGGUCUGCUCUAACGCAGGCUCUUGUCACUGCGGCAGCUGUAUGUGUGAUGACCGGGCUGGCAGAGGUCUGGUGACCGGACGCUACUGUGAAUGUAACGACAACGAGUGUCUGGACGAGGACACCGGGGAGUGGUGUGGAGGCCACGGUCAGUGUUACUGUGGGAACUGUUACUGUGCCGCCGGUUGGCAUGGAGACAAAUGUGAAUUCCAGUGUGACAUCAGCCCAUGGGAGAGCAAGAGGAGAUGCACAUCUCCAGAUGGCAAGAUCUGCAGCAACAGAGGGACCUGUGUGUGUGGGGAGUGUACGUGCCAUGAUGUGGAUCCCUCUGGAGAGUGGGGUGACAUCCAUGGAGUUACCUGUGAAUGUGAUGAGAGGAGCUGUCACGCCACCUACGACCGAUACACCGACGACUUCUGUUCAGGUCACGGCCAGUGUAACUGUGGGAGGUGCGACUGUAAAGAGGGCUGGAUGGGGAAGAAGUGUGAGCAUCCACGGUCCUGCUCGCUGUCUCUGGAGAGCAGUCUGAAGAAGUGUCGCGGGAUGUCCAGUUUGUCCUGCUUCGGACGAGGGCAGUGCCAGUGUGGACAGUGUAUCUGUUACCCGACCAGCGACAAACGCAUCUACGGCAAGAACUGUGAGUGUGAUGACCGCCAGUGUGUGGAUAUUAAUGGAGAGGUCUGUGGAGAUCAUGGUUUCUGUUCCUGUGGUCGGUGUAUCUGUAAGGAUGGCUGGUUUGGAAAGCUGUGCCAGUUCCGCCGUAGCUGUAACAUGUCGGAUGAGCAAAGUAAAGAGCUGUGUGAGACGUCGGACGGAGUCGUGUGCAGCGGAAAAGGGUCCUGCCACUGUGGCCAAUGUAUCUGCUCCCCUCAGGACUGGUGGGUCUCUGGGGAAUACUGUGAGUGUGAUGACCGGGAGUGUGACCAAUACGACGGUCUCGUCUGCACAGGGAAUGGGGUAUGUAACUGUGGCAACUGUGACUGCUGGGAAGACUGGACAGGAAACGCCUGCGAGAUCUGGGUGGGAGCAGAGUACUGAGGAGACAACAGCCCUAUCAUGGAGAGACACACACACACACACACACACACACACACACACACAAACACAUACACGCACACAGAUUGAUGGACAGAUGGAUUAACAGCCCUGGACAACCACCAGCAGAGGAUAUGGGGGUGGUUGUUGUGGCGGUGGUGGGAGUUGUCGGUUUUGAACACGGAUGUUAUUCAUCAUUCUGAUUCCAACAUAUCACCUGUAUAACAGCAUUCAUUCAUUCAUGCAUUCUUUGUACUGGAUACAAUCUAUCUUUUAUUAAAACCCUGUUUUGUAUGCAAGAAAGAAGCAACCAUGGAGGCAAAAAGCAUCUUGUUUUUUUCCUGUUUAGAACACAGUACAAUGUUAACCUUGUAUAUGUUUCCAGCACAGCUACAUGUAUGGAAGAUGAUCAUAUAGCAGUGAGUUACACAGAUUCAUCAACAGAAUUAAAGGAGGCGAGGAACAUGUUUUAUUAUCUGUGGGGUUUUGUGUGGAAUAAUGUAACUCGGUCCUCUGGCCGAUGGUUUGACUGUUGGUACAAAAUGCUUCUGCAACAAACUGGACUCAACAGUUCACCCUGCACCCACGUCAGAGGUAUCAUUUGUGGUUUUUAUUUGUUUUCAAUAAUAAAACAUUGAAUGUGCCACAUGACACAACAGUUUGCAUGGAAAACAAUGCGAAGACCUUAAUCAUACAUGGUUAUAAAUCUGUUACAACAUGACAUAACUCCAAUGGGCAUACUUGCAAUGGUUUAUAUAUAUCUAUAUAUAUAUAUAUAUAUUUGAAAAUAAAUCAUUUUACUAGUU